AUGGCAGCGAGACCACCCAGCUACACUAACCCUGAUCCUCAUGCGGUCGCCGUUAUCGGUCUCUCUAUCUCUGCGCCUGGUGGUGAGGCGCGCGGACUUGAUACCGAAGCAUUUUAUGAAUUCCUCAAGGGUCGUGGCUCUGGCAUUAUAACCGUACCUGCUGACCGCUGGAACGCCGAAGCCUACCAUGGCACGGGCCCAGGCAGGAUUUGCACCACCAAGGGUGGAUUCAUCCCUGAGUUUUCGACCGGCGAUCUUCAAGAAUUUGGUAUCACUCCAGCGGAGGCUACUCAAGUCGCUGUCACUCAGCUUGUUUCGCUUCAUCAAGCGUUCAACGCCUUGCAACGCAGUGGUGUCGACUACCGCGGCACAAACACUGGCGUGUACGUCGGGUGUGCCGCCGGAGGCGCGCCUUUCGAAGACAUUACUCAAGCUGGAGCGUACUAUAUGACGGGCACAUCGCUCUCCAUCACUGCAAACCGUAUCAACUACGUGUUCGACCUUCUGGGACCGUCUCUCCCUGUUGAUACCGCGUGCUCUUCAAGUUUGACCGCUAUGCAUCUGGCAAUGCAGGCGAUCAGGAACGGAGAGUGUGACCAAGCCGUAGUUGCUGGUCUCAACCACAUCACGACCCCUUUCGAGACAUCAUCCUUUAGCCAGCUUGGCGUUCUCAGUCCGGAUGGCAUCUCCAAGUCUUUCGAUGAUGAUGCUAACGGCUAUGCUCGCGCUGACAUUGCCAGCGCGGUGGUGAUCAAGCGUCACGAUCUUGCAGUGAGGGAUAAAAAUAACAUUUUUGCCACGCUCGUCGGCACCGCGUUGACCUCCUGCGGUUCCAUAAUGGGCUCACUCACGACGCCUAGUCCAGAAGCCCAAGCACAGGCUAUCCGUAAUGCAUACCAAGAUGCCGGUCUCACGCCCUACCAAGCCGACUACGUUGAACUUCACGGAACUGGUACCGUCGUCGGAGACUCCUUCGAGGCCAACGCGGCCGGAGCUUUGAUCUCAGAAGGAAGGGGAGGACGUGAGAUUGUGAUUGGAUCGGUCAAGAGCAAUAUCGGCCAUGGAGAGAUGGGUGCCUAUAUGAGCUCCCUAGUCAAGGUCGUAAUGAUGCUCGAUAAGAGACAAAUCCUGCCGAAUGGUUACUUCCAAAAGCCAUCGUCAAAAAUCGAUUUCCAGAAGUACAACCUGCGCGUGCCUGUAGAAGUCGAGAAUCUGGUCGCUCACGAUCCUGAACAAGGAAUCAUUGCAUCGAUCUCUAGCUUCGGUUUCGGUGGUUCGUGCGGUCACACUGUGCUACGCGAACACGAGCGACGCCCCGAGCAUCCCGAUGCUCAGACUCUCAAGGAUGGGCCUUUCCUCUUUGCCAUUGGUGCGCUUUCACCAAAGUCUGUACGACCGUUGGAGCAGCGCUACAGAGAGCAGUGUGCGGAACGCUCUCCGCUUGCAUUGUCCGCCCAUCUUGGCAGCCGUGCGCGACAGAUGCCAUGGAGGACGUACGCAAUUGCCGACUCUCUGGAGAGCGCUACGUUCCCAGACCCAGUACUCGUGGAGAAGCGCCCCAACCCCCUCGUAUUAUGCUUCUCUGGCCAAGGACCACAGCACUGGCAGCAAGGACGUGAUCUCAUGGCCGCGUACUCAGUCUUUCGCGAGAGUAUCUAUGCUUGUGACCGGGUUCACACAGCAUACACUGGCAACUCGUUCUUGGAGGAGACCGGAUUAUUUAUCGCAGAUGCUCCAAUAUCAUCUCCUCUUGCCAAGAGCUUAACUUGGCCAGCGAACGUCAUCUCAGUCGCCAUUACAUUCUUCCAGAUUGCCAUGUUCGACCUUCUUAUCUCUCUCGGUAUCAAGCCAAACGCUAUUGUGGGACACUCUAUCGGAGAAACUGCCGUUCUAUAUGCCUCUGGGGCCAUGCCUCGCGAGAUGGUCGUGGAGAUUUCCAUUGCUCGUGGACGUGCUCUUUCUAUGGUCGACAAUACCGGCGGAGGCAUGGUCGCAAUCUCUGGCUGCGACGCCGAUGCUGUGCGCGACUACGUGGAUGCCGCCUUUUCUCUCGCCGAUUUGAGCAAGGAAGAAGCAAGCAAGCUCUAUAUGGCUGCUUUUAAUAGUGCUACAGACAUCGGUGUUUCUGGAUCAGAUUUCCUUGUCGAUCUUCUGACGAAGUACAUCGAAACUUGGGUGGACGGAGUUGUCGCGCGCAAGUUGCGCGUGAGUACGGCAGUGCAUUCGCCUUUCGUGGACCCCUGCGAAGAUGUAUAUCGCGCGGAGCUCGCCACGAUCUUCUCUCGUUACACGGGACCGUUCGUUCCUGUCACUUCCACCAUGUCCACGGUUACUGCUGAAUUCAAGACUGGUGGAUACACCAUUGACUACCUCUGGCGCAACCUUAGACAGCCAGUUCUGUUUUCAUCCGCUAUUCCCCAACUUGUGAACAAAUUCGGCGAGAAUACUACGUUCGUUGAGAUCUCACCUCAUCCAGUCCUCUCUCAAUACAUCAAGAAAAUGGGAGCUUUCGAUUCGUUGGCUACGACCACACGUCCUCCAUCGGCGCGGCACUUGAAGCCCGGAGCUAAAUGUCCAAAAGAGAAUCAGACUCUCCUACAGGCCAUGGGACAAUUGCUUCUUUACGGCGUCAACUCGGUCAGUCAAUCUCGUUCGAGACAUGCAGCAUGGGGUCUGAUCAUAAGGCUCACUCAGAUCAAUUUCUCUAUCCUCAACGGUUGUCCCUCGGACUCGUUCGAAGGUCCUGCUUAUCCAUUCAAUAUGAAAUUAUAUCCAUUCGCUGCGCGAGAAGCGUCAUAUCUUCGCCGUUUACUCCCGGCCACUCGCCCUCUGAAUUCUACUCGGCUCCGAGUCAGUCCUCAGCUGCCUGAACCAUGGAUGUCACAUCAUGUCAUCGACCACUCCAAUCUGAUCCCUGCUGCCGCGUACAUUGAGAUGGCCCUCGAGUUUCCUGGCGUUACCCAAGUCUGGGAUUGUCGCUUCGAAACGGCUUGUAUCUUGGAGGAGGGCGUUCCGCCGGUCACCUUAGAGGUGGCGAAGGACGGUAUUAAUUGGUGGGUGAAGUCGUCAUCCUCUUUGCAGACCAUGCAGGGAGACCUGGAGUGGACUCGUGCCACACCUGAAUUCGACACCACCCAUGCGCACGGAAAGCUUGGGUAUGGGGUUCCCGAUCUGAGCAUAGGAGGGUUCAAGAAAGUUGACGUCGCUGCCAUCCUUGCGCGCUGUGUUUCUACUCACCAGCAUGAGGAGUUGUACGCGGAACUGGAAGGUAUCGCUCAAUUUGGGUCUGAGUUUAUGCGGGUACAGAAGGCGGCCAUAAACGAGAAUGAGGCCAUUUGCUGGAUCAAGGGUCACGCUGACGGAUUAAAUACGACUGACUAUGUCUUCCAUCCGGCCUUAAUGGAUGCGGUCUUCCAGUCCGCGAUAAGCUGGAAUAUGCUGUAUGACAAGAUUAACGUCGGGGAAAAAGAGCGGUCCUUCUUGCUACCAUACUCCUUACGGAGAGCCUACCGCGUUGACGGCCGUACCGACCCUAUUGUACUCCCCGAAGAGUUCAGAACGUACUCCGUCCUCCUUGACUGGUCAGCCUAUCACUGGACGUUCGAUGCCUACGUUCUAGAUGAGGAUGACUCUGUGAUCAUUGCUUUUGAAGGCCUUCACUUCGCACUCGUUAGCCAAGAUGAUCAAUGGCCUACAGAACGAUACAUGAUGUACUGGCAACCGCGAGCUCUUCCCACCACAGAACAUGAGGGGAUGCUGGUACUGGAUAGAGCUACUGAUGAUACUGAUUCGGUGCAUAUUCUGCGCCUUCUGGAUCACUUGGCUCUGAAGUACACCUACGACACUUUAAGCACGUUGCCGGAGGACACCAAGCUGGCAUCGUCAGACCGUGUGCGGUAUCUCGCGUGGGCUAAACAGCAGGUGCAGAAGGCUGUACUUGGCGCUGUUCCCGAGAUCGGUCCAGCCCUCCGCGACAAAUACGCCAGUCUUCUGGAGCUCACCGAGCGCGUUGGGAAAGGGCAGAAAGAAAUUAUGCAAGCCUCUACUGCAGCCGUUGAACUCUUGUUCCGCGACGACAUCAUGAGCAAGAUCUAUGAGCACCCUCCUUUCGUCGGUUGCAUAUUCGAUAAGACGGUGGAACAGUUCAUUGAGCUUGUGAAGGAGGCUGUGUCGGCUGGCAAGCGCGUCGUGCGGAUUCUGGAAGUCGGUGCUGGUACUGGAAGGUUCACCGCUCUGCUUGGUCAAGCCAUGGUGGAUGCGAAACUCGAUCAACAGUGCUACGUCGAUUAUGUCAGCACGGACAUAUCGAUUUCGCUUGCCCAGGAGUCCACUGCCAAAUCGCCGUGGCUUACGAUGACCCCGAUGGCGUUUGACCUCAGCGUGCCUAUCGAGCAACAGAAUGUGGAUCCUGCGAGCUUCGACAUCAUCGUGGCUUUCGAUGUCCUUCAUGCCAUUCCUAACAUCCACGAGACACUGGUGCGGCUUCAUGAGCUGCUCCUGCCCGGUGGCCAUCUAGCAGUAAUUGAACUCGAUGGCAACUCUUUCGCUAACGGCGCCGUUGGCACCAUAUGGAUGGAUUUCAUCUUCGGCUCAUUCGCUGAAUGGAUGGGCGUGCUGGAUCAGCGCCCGGGAGCGACUCAUUGCUCGCUGUCUCCAGCAGAAUGGAAAUCAGCUCUCCAAGCAGCUGGUUUCGCGGACACGCUUCUUGUGACGUCUUCUGGUCGCUCUGUUUCUCAUAUGGCAUUUAUCACGCAAGGCUCGCUUUCUCCGACUUCAACUUCCUCAUCUCCCUUGCGUACUCCUUCUCCAGGACCAACGACGCCAUUGAACCCUGAUGUGGUCCCGAAUGUCGUGAAGGUUCUGAGCGGCUCGUCAUCCGAUCUCACCGAUGUCCUCGGACGGAGCAGCAUCGACGAUAUGUUCUCCAAACAAGAUGUCAUUGAGAUCUCUACGCCAGCACCUCCUAUUGAAAUCGUCUUGGGGCAUGACCUCACUGUCGUUCGCCGCUUCACGGCGGGUGAUGAGGUCUCCCUCGUUCAAUUCCUCUCAGAAUUGGAUGCUACCAAACACUAUGUGGUCUGGCUAUACACGGACAUGGAGGAGAGCAACCUCAGCCUCAUUGGAAUUGCCCGAACCAUUCGCCACGAGUUCAGUUUAUGGAAGAUCAUGAUGGCUCUGUUCCACCCAUCGUGGGAUGCUGUUCAGCAGGAGGACUUCGUGUACGGCAAGCUCGUGCCUUUGAAAUGGGUUGAUGCGGAAGUCAUCGUGGACGAGAGUGGAAACUUGCAUGUUCCGCGCAUUGUCAGUGCUCCUUCUCCCCCUCACGUCGAGCCGCGCGAGAAUAAGGCUGUGGCAUUUGAUGAGUCUCGAAUCUGGCGAGCUUAUUCGGAGUCGUUGGGUCCGGACGACGUCGAAGUAACAGUUGCGUUCACGAGCCUCUCGCCAGCUUUCCCCGACUGUUCCGAGUUUUCUGGUAAAGUCAGCGCUGUUGGUUCUGGUGUACCUGUUGAGAUGAUUGGAAGAAGGGUAUUCGGCGUUGCGGCGAGUCAACAAGGAAGUGUGAUCAUAUGCAGCCGCUCGCAGGUAACAGAGGUUCCAGAUGGGAUGCAUGCGUCGACAGCUGCUGCGAUUGCUGGCCGUCUAUUUUUCGUGUCCUCAGUGGUCACUAAGGCGCUCGCUUUCUGUGGUGCUCGGUCACCACGCAUACUGUUGCACGCCGGUGUCUCCUCUCCCGCUGCCGUGGCGACUUACCUUUAUCUCAAGGCGCGCGGCCUCGAUGUCUUUGUCACAGUAACGGAACCCAGUACAUUCCCAGUUUCCCCAAGCUCUUCCCCAGCCGCGCCCAUCUUCUCUACCACUCCACUCGAUAUCUGGUCUUUCCGAGUACGCGAAUGGGCGAAGAAAGGCAUCGACGUCAUGUUCAAUUUCGACGGCGACCCAAGUGUAGCCAAGGAGACUCUCAGCCUCCUAUCACGGAGAGGCACCCUCGUGCAAAUCGGUGGAGAACUACCACACCGCAUCCAGCGCGGUCACCAACUCGUCCUGGUCGACUACUCAACAUUGCUUGACGAAGAAGAAAUUGCAGAGUCUGCACUAGAAUCCAUUCAGCCCUCUCUCCGCUCCCUUAUCGCACCGUCGGUGCAUAUUUUUGAGCUGAGUCAACUCGCAGUUGCUCAAGACAAAAUCCGGUCUCAGUCCACCAUUGAUACUGCUAUAUUGGUGGAUUUGCAAGAUCUCAAUCCGAAACUUCCCAUCUUGCGUGGUGGCAUCAUCAAAGGCACGGCCGCUUUUGACCCUCGAGCCUCAUAUGUCGUGAUCGGCGGCGUCGGCGGUCUUGGAGCCAAUAUCGCGCGUUGUCUUGUAGAGAACGGGGCUAGAUAUGUUAUUUUAACUUCACGUUCUGGCGAGAAUACUUUCAAGGCCGGCCGCCUUAUCCGCGAGAAGAAAAUCAUCACGUACCUGCGAAAUAUCCCUGGCGUGACGAUAGAGAUCCUCGCAGUGGAUUGCCUCGAUGUGGAGAAGACCAAGGCUAUCUUCGCCAACUCGUCUCGUAGGAUCGCUGGGGUUUUCUAUGUCGCUGUCCGCCUUAAUGAUCAGCUUUUCACCAAUCUCACCACGAAGGAGGAUUGGAAGACUGUGUACGACGUCAAGGUGAAGGGCUUGAAGGUGCUGCUUGAGGCCGUCAAUCCUAGUACUCUCGACUUCCUCGUCUUGACCAGUUCCAUGGCCACAGUCAGCGGUUCUCCAGGUCAGGCGAAUUAUGCGGCAGCACAGACGGAGAUGGAAGAAAUUGGCGCUCACCUUCCCAAUACCGUUUCAGUCACAGUCCCACCGAUCACGGAUGGUGGUGUAUUUGUGCGAAGUAUGCCUCCCGGCAACGCCCGAAAUGCCGCCCUCGACAAGGCGAGUUUUUUCUAUUAUAAAUCCUUGGGAAUGUCUGGAAUUCAUGUUGCAGAGCAUUGUGUCAAUGCAAUCUGGACGUUGAACACCAGCGCAGCCAAUGCAGUGUACAUCCCCCCAAUGAACUGGAAGAAGGUCGUGGAGAUUGGUAUCCCUGAGUAUCAUUUCGCAUCGUUGCGUCACCUCUUGGUGAAGGAGAACGCCGAUGUCUCUGCUGCUAAUGCAUCGAAUGAGCAAACGAUCCGCGCAGCUUGUGCCACGGCUCUCUCUUUGAGCACCGAAGACGUUGAAGAGAACAUUCCUCUCUCAAGCUACGGCCUUGACUCGUUGACCUCCAUCCGUCUCAGUGGCAUCCUUAAACAGUACUUCGAUGUUACUGUUACUCAACUUCAGCUGCUCAGCUCAUACAUGACUGUGGAGAAGUUGCAGGCGAUGCAAGAGGAACAGCGCCUUGCAUCUGCAUCGGAGGCACGAAGUGCCGGCGCUUCAGGUGCUGAGUUUGACGCCACCGGCCAAUCUAAUCUCGAAAAUGAUAUGGACAAGACCAUCGUGCAUCUCAACGACGUGACUGAAGGAAGGCCUUUCUUUAUCCUGCAUGGUGCUGGUGGUGGCGUCCUGGUGCUGCAGAAAGUUGCCCAGAAGGUGAACUGCCCUGUGUACGGUGUACAAGAUACGCCCGAAGCUCCGAUUACGGGUACCCUUGAUCGUCUUUCUCGCUUCUACCUUUCUAAGAUUCAGGAGAAGCAACCGCAUGGGCCGUACUGUAUUGGUGGUUUCUCAUUCGGAACCUGUCUUGCCGUCCGAAUUGCGCAGAUGCUACUCGAUGAGGGCGAAGAGACUGAGUUGCUAGUCUUGCUGGACGGGGCUCCGACGCUUUUCCACAGGCCUAAUUUCCAGGUCUACACCAAGGAUAGGAUUGCGCAGGGUACGCUGCGUGAAGACAUCAUGGAGGUCAUUGCCGACAUGUCCCACAGUGGCUCUCUGGACGGUGCAAAUGAGAUUACGUACCAAUUCUCGGAUCACUUCAGCAAGGUGUCCUCAGGCGGGUCCGGUCCUAAAUGGGUUGCACGCUUCUGCAGGGCCUACGUCGCUCAUGUGCUUAUGGGUGUCCGUGCAAGCAUGGAUGCGAACAAGCGUGAGGCAGACGGUUCGCUACACGAGGUCUGGCCGUCCAAACGGACAGUGCUCGUUCGCGCUGAGCAAGGUGUCUCCGCCCAGUCGUACACGGAAGGCGCGUCGAAACUGUUAGACCUCGAGAUCUGGACGCCGGAUGUCGAGCUACACGAGUUGCCUGGCACCCACUUCGGUAUCCUUAAUCCCGACUCUGGGUUGGCUGAGAUCCUGAACGGCGUUGUGGCAUGA